AUGCCUGUUCAUCGCGCCCUGCUCACUGAAGACGUCCUGGAUGAGAUCUUCAGUCUCAACUUCACGGACCGCUUGACGUUGGCGAGUUUAGCACGCGUCUGCACGGUGUUUCACGAGCCCGCCAUUCGCUCGUUGUGGCGACUACUGCCCAAAUUGUCUGCCAUAAUCAGUCUAAUCCCAUCCUGCCAUGUCCAAUCCUUGGCGGAUGUAGGACCGCAGAACGAGGUCAUGGAACUCUCGGAUGCCUCGUUGCGCGAAUGGAGCCGGCUGCGCAAAUACGCUCGCUACGUUCGGCACCUUUCUAUCCUGGAUUAUUACGAGGAGCGGCAAUAUAUCAGCUUGACCAAUUGGUCGAUGAUACGGCGACUGGCUGGCGGCGAACCUGUGCUCCCCGCUGUUCGUGGAAUAUUCUGGCAGACAUGUAACUUGAUAUCCGCGGAGGGUCUGGUCGCCUUUCUGUCCCCCUCUAUCGUCCAGCUGUACAUCCACUGCGCACAUGAGGACCUGACGGCAGAGAACGAGGUGGAAUGGGCGGCACGCAUCAAGUUAUGGAUCCACGCGGUGACCCAACUCGCGCCGAGUCGCUGCGAUCUUGUGCGACUCUCGUUUACCGUCUGCGACAUUCCCCCCUCAUUGGUGGCCAUCCCCCUCUCUCUUGUCGCGCCAAAUCUCCCCCGAACGUUGAAGCAAAUCGUACUGGGCACAGACAUGAGUCUGAUCGACUGCCCCAGUUUGAAAGCCUUAGCGGGCAUGCCGAAUGUGGGGACCCUCGAGCUGGACGAGGCUCAUAAGGCCUCCUGGGGAGAGCCUGCUAACCUUCCCAGUCGCGAUGGGCUCCCCGCGGUCGUCGACUUUCCCCAUCUGGAAUCCCUCGUCAUUCACGAAUGCCGCAUCGAAAACUCCCUGAGCAGAGUGAUUACUUCUGGCAGCCUUCGAUACCUACGCAUAGACGAAGUGGAGUACCGCGACAGCGCAACGCUCCGCCAUAGCUGCGCUGCCCUCGCGGCUGUCUUCCCGUCACUGAACUGGCUCAGCAUAUCAUUGCCGAGAUCGGGCCCACAGGAGUCGCCGCCCACGAUCCUGGAUCUUCUCGGCCCAUUUUUCCGCCACCGCAUGGAGGAUGUGCGCGUAGGCACUCUGCGGACACCUUACACCACGGACGACGACGAUAUCAUCGCCCUCUCUCGAGCGUGGCCGACGCUGGCCCGGCUGGAUAUCGUGGCGUCGAGAGGCGUGGCGCUUCCGGAAUGCAACAUCGGCCUGCGCGGGCUCCAGUCUCUCGCGGCACAAUGCCCGAGCCUGACGAGACUCCGUGUCGAACGGGUCGUGGUCCGCCCGGAGGACGUCGCGCAGCUGCCGCUGGAUCCUCCCAGCCAUGGUCUGCGCUCCCUGCGCGUAAAUGAGGGGGUGACGCCCGACACCUAUCGACUCAUAACCGACAAGAUAUACCCGAACUGUAAGCAUACGUUGUACUGGGACGUCAUUGAAGAAGACACGGUACCGCUGUAA